AUGUCAAUCGUAAGCAGUGAAAGCAGAAGUGUCGGUUCGAGCAGUGAUCAUCAUGUUAUGUUUCCGAUGAUCAAAAAUCCUUGUUUCUCGAAAAAAGAAGUCAGCAAUCAAGUUGAUCUGAAUCCGGCGCCCGCACCAGAUCCCACCGUACAAGAAGCGCUGUGGAAGGCAAAAAGUGCCGAGUGCCACGCCUGUCACGAGCUAGUUCCACAUAAGCUUCUCUACGUUUGUCGUCACAGAAGAUGUCCGGGAUUCUUCGAGCCGAAAUUGAAUUACGAGGAGCCAUCGACGUUUUAUGCAAAUGAAAAAGUGUUCUGCUCCAGAUGCACGUUCAUCGGAGAUCACAAGAGACAUGCCGAUGAGAUGGAGGAAGCACAACCGAUAGCGAUGAAAAUGGCAUAUUCUAACGAGGAACGUCUGAUCGCAUUCGAAAAGUUGGCUUUUUUGGAUCAAGAAGAUCCCGUUGAUUUCAUGGUUUCGAAUGAAUUCCGAGUUACAGAACUCCCAGUUCUUGCUGUCGAUAAGUAUCUGCUCUACGCGGAAGACGUCAUCGAAUGGAAAGAGAGAAAACAGAAGAUAGACGACUUGAAAACUACCGUUGAACAGUGUCGCUUGGAUGGAAGUAAUUUUGCAAGAGAGUGUGCAGAGAAAGCAUUGAUCACAUAUUAUGGUCUCCUCAAGACUAUCGAAGACUCUUUGAAGAGCAAUGAGAGCAAACAGGCUGCUCCGCCAGUGAUAACUACCAAUGAAGAGCCAAAGACAGUGUCUCCUUCAGAAAACCACCCUAAAAACGAAGUCGAUGAAACAACUGUCAGGAUGUUGUGCCGCAAUUUAGUUCUUCGUUUCGAUCAAGUUCGCGAUGAAAUGCGCAUAGAAGAGGCGCUGCAAGUAGUCUCCGACAAGUUACACGAGGCAUCUGGAACUGUUGAGAACAAACUGGCAGCUGCAAGAAUGUUUAGAGAGAAGAACAACGUUGCUCUUUACUAUCCGAAACAAUAA